AUGGACGCCAACACGGUUGAGCUGAAGUCGGAGCCUUACGCCGACACCGUGUCCUCCUUUCCCGGACCUUCGACUGAGUCGCUGAACGCAAUGGCUGACGAUGUGGGAGCGAAUAGGCAAGACAGGUCUUCGGGGCAGUCAUGGCCAAGUCAGGCAGCAACAUUACAGCAGCAGCAGCAUGUCGAGGCUUCAUCUUCUACCUCCUCCUUGAACGCUGGAGGUUCGUAUGACGGCGCAAAUGGUCAGCCACAAGGCACAGAUGUGCAUUCCAGCUCAACGGACAGCCUAACUCUCCGGGAUCACCAUGACAGCAGUCCAGCACGAGAAAUAUCGGAUGGCACACCUUCGUCUAGCGCUGUCGGCCAUGAUGCACGCGGCUCAGCUGAUUACGGCACACAGCAGUCCCCUUCGUAUUUGAUCAGCGGAAAUACCAGCAACGGCAACCACGCAGGCACCAGCAGUAGCAGUGCAGCAGACGAUUCUGCCUAUCAAUCGCCGAGGGAUCCACCUUCAACAGCGGCGUCUCCCGGCAAGGGUGGUCCGAUGAUCUUGAUGGCCUCGCGAAAGCAGAACAGCGCAUGCGACGCUUGCAGAAGUCGAAAGGUGCGAUGCAACAGAGAUCCAGGGGAAGCUAAGUGCAACCACUGCAAGGCCAAAAACAUCGAAUGCACCACGCUCUAUGUUCAGUGGGCAACUUCGUCAUCCAAACGUCCCACCAAGCGAGCUAGGUCUUCGUUGCACAUGGCACCGGAGAAGAAAGAAGCACCCAAGCCACCAGAGUUGCUAGAUGGGGUCGUGAAUGCACAGGAUCGCUUGCUAAACGCGCUCUUUCAGAGGGACUCUGAAUACAUGCCAGCGGACAACAAGAUCUACUACUAUGGCAUCCUUCCUUGCAGUGCGCCGCUAUCAGCCGACGGCCAUACCCAACGCAAUAUCGUGCCAUCCGCCUACCUACCAGGGCCGAAACCAGCAGCGACCACCAGCGCCGAGCUACACUUGCUUGAUCGACAGCGAAGGGAGGAUUUUGUGAAUGAUCUCGUAGAAACCUACUUUUCCGUGGUCCAUGCUAGGCUGCCACUGCUCAACCCACAAUCUUUCCGCAAGCGCUACUAUGAGCGCAGUGAAGAGCUUGGAGGCCCACCUUCGGACAUCAUCCUUGCGAUCGUGAUUGCGUGGGGCGCCAAGUUCAGCGAGAAUCCGCUCAUAGCUCAAGACCGCAGCGAAAGUGCAUCUGAGCUGCAAAAGGCUUUUGCACAGGCUCAAACGGCGCUCUCUAAGGGAGAAAGCGAUAAAGCUGAUCAGAUCACCGGCGUCAAGGGCGGCAUCGAGCAGCCUAUCCUUACAGUGCCCGAGGAGCUGCGCUUGCAGGGUCGCAAUCGCAUCGCAGACCAUCUCACAUGGCGAGUGCAGGAUAUCAUGGACCGACUUCGCGUUGCAAGAGUCGUAACGUUGGAGAACGUACAAGCCUGCUUGCUGAUGGAGCCGUUGCUGUUGCAUCCAUCAGUGUACUUCAAUGGCAACCGCAACCUCACUGGAACGCCUGUACCCGCCAAGCACAGAAACUUGCUGGCAUAUACCAAUGGGCACUGGUACGUCAUUGCCAUCAAACACAUGAUCGAUCUCGGCAUCCAUUGCAAGGAGAAGGUGAUGACCAUCAAGGAUCCUGCUUUGCGCGGCGAGACACUCUUUGCUUGGUGGUUGGCUUGCAUGGCUGAUUCCGCCUCUUCAAUGUACUUCCAGCGCCGAUGUCUCAUUUCAGCCGAAGACUAUAACAGUGAUCCGCCGGCAGGCGAUGUGGAUAACAAGAAGGAAGCACCACAUCCGCUUAGCGAUUUGGAUUCGUAUCUGGCUUUCUUCGGAUCAGCUCACGAUGCAGUCACUUUUCAACGCAAGCUCGCAGCCAUGUACUUUGCGCCUCGCAAUCAUAUCGAGGGUGUGCGCUUCGACAAGGUGGUCGAGGUCAUGGAGCUGCUCAAGAAGUGGCGUGUAAACCAUCUCGAAAAGGUCGGCGUUCCACUGCCACAUUGGCCACCUCACUGGGAUUAUAUUGCUGCAGUCAGCGCGUGUACCAGUGACAUCAACUAUCAUGCCAACUGGAUCACGCUUUGGCGACUUGUCGACGAGGUUGGCAUCUACGGCACGAAUCGAUCCGAUGCAUCUUCACCGAUUCAUCAAGACCGUCUCAAGCGACCAGAAGCGUCCCAGCCUGCACCAAGGCAGGAAGAUGUGCCGGAUCCGGAACGCGUUCAACUCGUCUUCGCUACCAUUCAGGAAGAAGCCCUCAAUAGUGCACUUCGCAUUGCCGGUCUCACAGAGAUCCUUCGCAGCAACCAGUAUCUGCGCCUCGACCCAUGCAAUUCGCUACAGGCUCUUGAACAGGCAGGGCACAUGCUCGUUCGUUUCCAACGCAGCGAGGUGGACAUCAUCGUCGCUGGCUUCCGACAGUACGGUCUGUCGUACGAGGACUGCUUCGACAAAGCUGAUCUCAUGGAAAACCUUGCCGCAGCAUACAACGAGCGUGCACGAACCGAUCCCAACUUUGUUCCCGGCUCCGCGCUUGGCUUGGCGCUCGAUCGCGACGCUAACAAUGCCGACCAUAAUGGAAUUCCCGAGCUGGCAAUCGCGGCUGCAGCGCUGUCAAAUGCUGCUUCGGCUAAUGGCGAGUCAGAUCAGUAUCACUUUGAGCAAACGCAAUCGCAGCCACAAGCACAGUCUCAGGCUCAGACACAACUGUCUUCAACGAUAGAGCAGGAGCUUGGUUCAGCGGAUGUCAAGGACGCGGCUGCUUUCGGUAGCAUGUUCACUACAGCGGGUGAUGCGAGUGCUGCGGUGGGUGCCAGUGGGGGUUCAAAUGGCGAUGCAAGUAUUGCAGCGGGUUACAAUGGUUCUUCGACACAAUCAGGGUUGCUUUCUCACGGAGUCGCAGAGACUGCUGCGGAUUGA